AGUACUGAAAAUUCGAGUUCGACUUCUCCUUCCGCACGCACAAGUACUCGAUAGCUCAACAAUGGAGUUUGAAGCCUUAGCUCCACCAGAUUCUGCAGUGGUGAAGGACCAUGAAACCACCACCACCACAAGCCAAGAAGAAGAAGAUGAUAUUUACAAGCUUCUGCUCCCUGACGUUCGGGACCUUCCUCCUACUCCUCCCUCGGCCGUUCAAUCCAACUUUAUUUCCUAUUUCGCUCCAGAUUUUUUGAAGCCAGGACACGAUCAGUACAUUUAUCGUCACGCAAAUGGAUUGUGUGUGAUUGGUUUGGCUACGACGCAUGUGGCUUUUAAGGACGAAGGAGGUAUCACGGCUGUUGAUUUUAAUGUUGGGAAAUCUAAUCGAAGUGAGAUGAAGGUCACUGGAAAACGCAAGAAGAAUGCUCAACUAUUGGAGCCAAAUUCGGCUCUCUGUAAAGUUUUCACCAAGGACAACUCUUACAUUGUGAGGUGUUGCGUGAAAGGCUCGCUAUUGGAAGUAAAUGACAAACUAAUCAAGCAGCCACAAUUGCUUAAUUCAUUGGCAGACAGAGAGGGCUAUAUUGCCAUUAUCAUGCCAAAACCAGCAGAUUGGCUCAAGGUCAAGGAUUCUUUAAUGGGUUCCGAGGAGUAUAAAAAACUUAAAGAAAUUUGUUAGUUUGAAAAAUCCAUUACUCAAAUUUUGUUCCCGAAUUGUCACUGGCUUAGCAAUUUAGCCAAAUGAAAAGCAUCAAUGUUGUCAUUGUGCUUUUUUUUUUAUUUUUUUAUCGGGUUUCAAGUGUUGUAUUUUAUUUGUCAAUGAAAAUAAUUAAUCAUUUUGUGUAUUAUUAAAGUUAUAAAAUAAUGGCUAAUAAUUUAGUAUCAAA